AUGUAUGUCCAAUCCAGCCUCGCAGCCUCUUUCGUUUCCCACAAUCAAGCUGACCAUCUGACCAGUCAACACCAAACCUCAAUCGGAAAGCCGCCAGCGUUGACGGUCGAUGGGGAGGGGAAGAUCGAUUGCACGAAGAUAGCCAAGCGAGGCCAUCGGGACGACCGGCACGUCCAAGCACAGUUCCAGGACCUAGUCCCACUGGCCCAUCGAGUCGAUCUGGAUGACUCGGCCCGAGCGAUGGCGCGGCCCUCGGCCGAGCAGGUCCAGGCGACCGCCGACCGCACUCGAAUGGCCCUCGAAAAACAAGCCAACAUUCGCAUCAAGGCUGCCCAGCCAAAACAUGCACCCGAGGCCGGCGGGAACGUCGGCUUUGUUCGAUACACCCCCAACGCCGAGGGGGGAACGCAACGGAUCAUCAAGGUGGUCGAGGGCGUCGAAGACCCUCUCGAACCUCCGCGCUUCAAGCACAAGAAAAUCCCACCUGGGCCCCCUAGUCCGCCUGCGCCCAUCCUCAGAAAUCCGCCUCGGAAAAUAACCAGUGAUGACCAGAAGGCGUGGAUAAUCCCCCCUUGUAUCUCCAACUGGAAAAACAAUAAAGGAUACACGAUUCCCCUCGAUAAGCGUUUGGCCGCUGACGGCAGAGGUCUCCAAGACACGCACAUCAACGACAUGUUUGGCCAACUAUCGGAAUCGUUACACGUUACGGGCACACAGGCGAGAGAAGCGGUCCGAGAACGCCUUUUAUUAGAACAGCGUUUGGCGCAGAAGAAGAUGGAGCACAAGGAGGAGAAUCUCCGACAGCUUGCGCAACGGGUACGAGAAGAACGAUCAGGGACUCCGCGCGUGGUAGCCGGAGCAUCGAAGGCGAACAACAUGUCGGCAGCGUUAGCGGGGUACGCCAGUGAUACGGACUCUGAGGACGAUGGUGGGUCCGAGCGCGGUGGGCGUCGCUCGGAGAAGGCGGGCGGAGACGAUAUCGACGAUCACGGAGGCAGCCAGGAUCUGGACGAAGACGCGGCGCGUGCACGAGACGGACUCAGGAAGGAGCGCCGCAAGGAGCGCGAGCGCGAGAUGCGGAUGUCCAACAUGGGCCGCGAGAAGCGAGCGCAGUAUUUCGCGCGGACCCAGAGCGGGGACGUCGCCGAGAAGAUCCCAUUGGGGCGGGCCAAGCCGACGAUCUCCACGGAGUCCAUGAUCGACUCGCGGCUCUUCAACCAAGAGAAGCUGGCCGGCUCGUUCGGCGACGAGGACUCCUACAACAUCUACGACCGCCCCCUCUUUCCGGCCUCUGCCGCUCCGGCAAUCUAUAAGCGGGGCGGGGCCGCGGCUACCGACGAACGAUACUGCGGAGCAACCGGAGAAAGCAUUGGCCAUGUUAUCCGCAACCACCGUUUCGGGCUCGGGGUGGCUGGCAAAGGCUUCGAAGGCGCCGAACUGCAAGAGUCUCGUGUUGGGCCUGUCCAAUUCGAACGGGAUACGCCCCUGAUGGCCUCCGAUCCCUUCGCGAUCGACGCGUUCUUGGACGAGGCGAAAAGGGGCGGCAAGCGCGGCUCGGAGCCUCCCCCGCCCGGCUCGUCCGAAACCCGGGACGACGAUCCUCAUGAUUCUAAGAAACACCGCGGCUGA